UAUUCAAUCCAAUCGCUCCUGUUCACACCCAACUCAAAACCCCCCUUGGAAUCCCUCCCUCGUUAUCCGUGCCUCUCUCUCUCUAACCCAUCUCCCCUUCUUCCACACCCCACCCCCCUGGUUGUUACCCACUUGCACGGACCAGCCAUCCAUGUCUUCUCCGCCAUUGAUGCUUCUCGCUUUGGCUCUCUUCUUCUCUUCAGCCGCCGCCAGCUUCCACGGAGAUUUCGAUGUAACGUGGGGCGAUGGCCGCGCCAGAAUUCUUGACAACGGCCAGAGCAUCACCCUCUCGCUCGACCAAGCCUCCGGCUCCAGCAUCCAGUCCAGGAACGAGUUUCUGUUCGGAAAGUUCGACGUUCAGCUCAAGCUCGUGCCCGGAAACUCCGCCGGAACUGUCACUUCGUUUUAUUUAUCGUCUCACGGGGCGUUGCAUGACGAGAUCGACUUCGAAUUCCUGGGGAAUUUGAGCGGCGACCCUUACGUUCUCCACACCAAUGUUUUUACGCGAGGUGGAGGAGGAAGGGAGCAACAGUUCUACCUCUGGUUCGAUCCGACGGCGGAUUUUCACACCUAUUCCGUCCUGUGGACGGCGAAGAGCAUCGUAUUCUCCGUGGACGGAACAGCGAUCCGAGAGUUCAGAAACCUGGAAGGAAUUGGAGUUCCAUAUGCGAACAAGCAGGCGAUGAGGGUAUAUGCAAGCAUAUGGAACGCAGAGUUCUGGGCCACAAGAGGCGGCCAAGUCAAGACCAACUGGACCCAAGCUCCCUUCACUGCUUCCUACAGGAGAUUCCAUGCCGACGCCUGCAUCUGGUCUUCUGGCAAAUCAUCCUGCAGUUCUGAUGACGACGAUCUUGAUGAUGGUGAUGAUGAUGAUGAUGAUGAUGAUUGGCUUGCAAAAGAGUCGGAUUUGAUGAUCCAGGAGAGCAUCAGAUGGGUACAGAAAAAGUACAUGAUAUAUAACUACUGCAGCGAUGCAGAGAAGCAUCCCGGAGGUGUUCCUGCAGAAUGCGUUGCCAAAAACUCUAUUAGGGAAGAAGAUUUAGAAAGCAUUUGAUGGGGGGAUUUGGUUUUGCCACAGAUAUGUUGAUUAAUUGCGUUCUUGUUGUCCCACUUCUGUAAUUACUGUAACCGUCGAUUGAAUUGGAUUGAUUUUGUUGGGCAUGCGUUGAAUUUAAUCUACCUGCAUGUAAUUACACAGCCAAUCAAUUGAAUUCAUCAUUGUUAGCACCAAAAAUACAAUAGAUAUACUAUUAAUUUACGUUUUUAGUUUAA